GUUCUCCUUUAUAACGUUAACAAUAAAAAAAAAAUUAAGCAUCAUACGUGCAUAGUAAAAACUUUUGGCGCAUCCCUACCGUUUACAAACUCACUGAGCGAAUUACCACCUACGACGCCUUCCACUAUGCCGUCCGGGAAUGGUUGCCGGGCGAAUCAGCGGCGUGAACGGGCGAUGAAAAAACAGCAAGGCGCCGGUACAAAGCACACCGGCAAGGAUCUCGAAAAACACGAACAAAGCAAAAAUGUCGUGCAGUGUAGGGUUUGUCUCCAGGGGUUCCCCGUCACCGUCCGGCGCCUGGAGUUGGAGCAACACUUCGAGAAGCACACCAAAGUGGGGAAGUCCUUCGAAGAGGUUUUCCCUAAUUUUAAUAUGACCUGAUUUCUAUUCAGAUUCACGUUUCCUAAUAUACAUAACAUUGUAUAUUAGGAAAUAGCAAGGGAUGGCUCUGUGGGUUAGUGUGGGGGUAUGAAUAGUAAUGAAUGAAGGUAACAGGAAUGACACUUGAUGUUGUGGGGAAAAGGGAAGUGUGAAGCGGACUAAAUAAUUAACAGUCGGAAAAUCCUAUCAUCUGUAUUACUCGAAUUAUUCACUUAGAUAAGAAUAAA